GACAUAGACGUGGAUGUGAUGGCUAUUGUCAACGACACAACCGGCACAUUGAUGUCGUGUGCGUUAAAGAACAGGGAGUGUAGGGUCGGCCUUAUUAUCGGCACGGGAGCCAAUGCUUGCUAUAUGGAGACACUGGAGAACGUGGAGAUGUUUAGCGAUGACUUCCCUGAUGUGAAUCAAGUGGUGGUUAAUACAGAAUUGGGUGCUUUCGGUGACAAUCGGAUCCUUAACUUCAUUCGCACGAAAUGGGACGAUGAGGUCGACAGCAUUUCCCUCAAUAGAGGCAAACAAUUGUUUGAAAAGAUGAUAUCAGGCAUGUACCUGGGUGAAACUGUUCGCUGCGUUUUGGUAGAUCUGUGCAAAAGGGGAUUCAUAUUCGAGGGCGAGGGAUCAAAUAAAUUAUUCACUUCAAAGGCAUUUCAAACGGCAUACAUAUCUGCCAUAGAAUCGGACAAAGAAAACGAAUACCUAUUCACUCGGCAAGUGAUGUCUGCCAUGGACUUGAGGGAUGCCUCCCUCGAUGACUGUGAUGUGGUUAAACUGGUGUGCAAAAGGGUGUCCACUCGUGCGGCACAUCUGGUGUCGGCAGCCGUGGCGACCAUAUUGAACAAAAUGAAGAGACCGCACACCACAGUGGGAGUGGACGGAUCGGUAUAC